ACAAGCUGGUCGCAUGUCGGAGCGCCGCCCAUCGUCCCGUCCGUCCAUGACGCCGCCGGCCGACGUCAUGCACCUCAUCCUUCAGUUCGUAGCCGACACGUCGACGGCCUUCGCACUCCUGGCGGCGCUGCCCCGCGCGCUCUGCAGCCCGCCGAUGCAGAGCCUCGCGGAGCUGGCCCGCCGCGUGCCCCGCCGUCGGCUGUGGCCCAUCUUGGACCUACCAGCGAUCGCCACCGAGAGCACCAACCACGUUCAACGCGCAUGGCAGCUCGUUGGGAAGCUGCGCAUACCCGACGCUGCCACCUCGAUCGACGUGCUGGAGCGCUGCUUGGCAUCGUCGUCCGGCCUCAUCUCGUGGGCGCUAAUGGAUCGCGUGCCCGCCCGAAUCCUCUCGCUCGUGUCUUUCUCGCGCCUGUACGAAAUCGUGGUCGGCGACAUUGGCCAGCGACAGCUGGACCGCGUGGGGCAUCUCAUGCUGGCGAGUCGAACGCUGCGCCGCGUCCGUAUUGUGUGGCACGGCGGGCCCGCGACGCUACUAAGCUGCCUGGAUAUCGUCCUCGCCUGCGCACGCAUCACGCACCUCGCGAUCGAAGGCGACGAGCACGAGUGGCAUUUACGCCAGCGGCAGCCCAUGCACGUCAAGCGCCUGCCGCCCGCGGCGGUCAUUCGCCUCGGCGCGAUUUUUGCCCAUCAUCCCAUCGCGCACUUCAAGCUCGCGCGCCUCGAGCUCGCGUCGGAAAUUCUCUACAACGAUUGGUUCCAUGCGGCCGACGCGUGCCGCACCCUCGCGGUCCUCGAGGCCGACCACUGCGAGCGGUUUGUCGACCAGGUGCUGGCCCACUGCCCGCGGUAUAUUUGCAUCUUGCGGUCGACGCGGUCCAGUCAUGGCGGGCAAUUCCACCGACACGCGUCGUCCUUUGUCCCCGCCCAUCGCGCGUCCAAGUGCCUCACGCACCUCCAGAUCGCGCGCAUCGAAACGCUCUCGAUGUUUUUCAAGGCGACGCUCCAGCAGUAUUCGAGCCUCGUGUACCUCAACUUGAGCCAGACCAACUUGCACGCGUACGGCCUCCACGACAUCCUCGAAGCGCUCCAGCAGACUGCGAUUAAGGCGCUGCACUUGGCCGACAACCACCUCGGCGACGACGGCGCGGGUCUAUUGGCACGGGCGCUGCCCCGCUGGAAGUGUCUUCGCGAACUUAACCUGAGCAACAAUGCGAUCGGAGACGACGGGAUGCUGCUACUGGCCAGCGUUUUGCCGCACUGUUGGUACCUCCAAAAGCUCGAUUUGCUCUGCAAUCGGCUACAGAUCGCGGGCGUCCUCGCAUGGGCGGCGUGCGUGCGCCACGGCCUCCCAAGCCUCGAGUGGCUCGAUCUCUCGUACGCAGGGAUGACACUCGAUCACGUCGGACGCCUGUUGCAAGCCAAGGAAGCCAGCCCGCUGCUCGCGAUCGACAUCAACGUGUACAAUGAUGCGUGGACAUUGUACGACGUCGAGAGAAUUUGUUCGGUGGCCGCGGCGCAAGGGAUUGGCACGUCGUUUGUCCACGACGUCGACCUCCCGCCCGUCGGCGCGGCGUUCCAGUCUCAGCACGACGACGAUGAUUUGAGUGAGUUUGCCCCCGAGACCUUUUUUCACCAGCUGUUGCUGCGAUAACACGGCGCCUCCGUGAAGUUGACUGCACUACAGUCUGUACCAAC